CUGACGGGGCACUUGUAAAUAUGGCGGCCGGACCUCCAAGAAUUUUUCUUUCCUCUCUAUUUAUUUUCUUCCAAGGAAACACCCAAAAUGACGCAUAAUUUUGGUGACAGCAAUGUACCAUCAUGCCUAGGGUGGGUAGAAAAGGGCGGCAGCAAAAGAAGGCGGUUUACAGCACAUUUAGUGAUGUGACAUUGAACGAUUAUGCAAAUGCUGACAAGGGAGGAGGGUCGACUUAUCGAGUCAAGAAAGGAGCUGCCAAGGCUAUUGAAAAAGAAGUGAGGCAAAUGAUGAAGGAGCCCGCAGGAUCUGUGGCCACUGUUGGGGAGGACCUGAGCUGGUUUGAGAAGGACUUGGAGGACUUCCACAUUGCCACAGAGGACGACACGGACCAAACUGUGGAAGAAAAUGGCGAGUGUGAAGUUGUUGAGACAAGGCGCAGACGCCGCAAGACCAAGUCUCAGUCUGAAGGAGAUGAAAAAGGUUUAGUUUAUCCAUAUGAUUUAUGGUACCAGCUCAGUUUGCACAUCCAUCCAGAAGAUGUGGGGCGCUUUGCCGCCAUUUGUCGCACUGCCUGUUGCCUCGUAUAUUCCAGUGCUUUCUGGCGGAACAUGUAUCUCAGGUAUUUCGAAAAGUCUGUGAAGUUGCCUGAUGAUCUUCAACCAUCCAACAUUGAACGUAUCCGCGGAUUACGAGCCCGAGUGAUCCGGUGCAUGUUCUACCUCUAUCGACCUCUGGCUGACAAGACCAUGCCCCUUGUACCUUUUGAAAACGAACCACAUGAGCUUCAGGGACAGCGCUGUCACUUGUCAUGGCACCAACCUGUUAAAAACAUGUGGAACUUCUGCUUUAAGUUCACCAAGGGGCAGCCUUCUACCCGACCAUUCCUACCAACAAAGAUGGCGACGAAAAAUGACUUGCUUCCAGGCUACAAUGAUCUCUUUUACAACACCGAAGAUGGAUGUCGAAUACUGCAGGUCACAGUUCAAAACUUCGUUCCCAUUCCAAUGGUCAUGGGGUUGGUUUUGAGCAAGGUAUACCUUACUAUCAGUGCACAGAUGAGAUACUACCGACUUCGCAUGUUGUUUGACACCAACUUACAGGGAGGUAACUCUAACUCAGCAGAGAUGAUCGUUGACCUUGACCCUGUUGUGAACAUCCGAGUUUUACCUUGGUGGGAUCCAAAGUAUCCCUUCACGUGUUGACCUUGUUGCCAUGGUUUCUGAGACUGGAGGGGUCAUCGUUGGCAUGGGUACUACAGAUAUGUACAGAGGUACAGAUAAGCUGCGUAUCUGCGUAAAUUAUGCAAAUAUUUAUGUGAAAACUCA